AAGAAAAACAAGAAGAUUUUGAGUUGACCAAUACUACUCUGUAUCAACGACGAAACGUGUUAUUAACCGGCACGUGCAUGAAAGUUCAAUACAUAUGCGGCUUUACUUGUACACAGAAAUUGGGUUAAAAGUAUUUUGCGCUAAGUGACAGCAAUUUACCAUUUAUUUCAAUGUUGAGUAGUACACCUAUCUGGUAUAACGUUUCUAAGAGAACUCAAUUCACGGAAUAAAUUAUCAUUUUGAUGCUUUGGGAGAUGCCGGCUCGAUUUAUGGAUGUCACAAUGGUUAUACGGCUGCCGCACAAUUAUUACUACAGGAAUGUUGUAAUAAUCUGCAUAAGGACUAAUCAGUUCACACGUCCAUCGAGCAACAUGCCAUCCAGUUUUUAGCGAUGCGCCCUUUUAGAGAAAUUUUAUCCGCAAAAAACAUAUUAUUAUAUCAUUUGCACUUGUUAAUGUUAUCCUUUCCUGUUUGCUUAGCCUUUGUUUAACCUGGCUGUAUGCGAAAAAAAGGCUGACAAGACAACAUCUUGGAAGCUGGUCUGCAGAAACGCAUAUGACAGGUCGUGUAUCUAUAUUAUAAUUAUUAUUUUUCUCAUCUGACGACAAGAUGUUCUCUCCUGUACUGUAAGUUAUUGUACUCGUAUGACGCAAUACAACGAGUUCACAUCGAACAUGCUCGUACUUUAAUCUCUGCAACUGAGCGGAUCUGUCACAUUAAACCGCGUGGCUACUGGCUAGUCAACAAAUACGCCGCUUACUUUUCUGCCAUCUUGAAUUUUGUUGUUGCUCGAAAGUUGGAUGAUGACGCGCAUUAUUAAUCUGGCGGACAUUCUUGUGAAAUAUUAAAUUUUUCCACUGUAUUAGUAUUGUUCAUAAGCGUUUGCAUAAGUUAAGGAAUCCGCAUGGGAACAAAAUGGUUAACGAAACAGUGAAAAACGUAACAAAUUGUGGAUGGCCGGAAAGGAAUUUCCAGUACAUAUGGGAUCAACCCGGAUACAAAUACACUGACAUCAUUCUACGUCCAAUUUGGCUGUUUAUCUGUACGGUCGGGAAUGUCACCAAUAUACUGCUACUGCGUCGUAUUAAGACAUUCCAAGCAACAUUUUUGGUGUCCGUUGCAUUCUUUGAUCUAAUUUAUAUGUGGUCAUGGUUUGCCUUGUACAUAAGGGAUCGAGUAGGAGCCGCUAAUAUCGAAAACCCAUCCAUCUGGGCAUUUUUGGUAACAUGCGAGUUUUUUGGGAAUGUUGCUACACAGUGCUCCGACUGGGUCCUUGUAGCUUUCAGCAUAACACGCUUGCUUAGCAUAAUUGAUCCAUUCGGAGUGGCGACGCGUUUUACGAAAUGCCGGAUGCGGAUCGUGAUUCUGUGUUUUAUCCCUUUUGCGGCUGCCAGCAACAUGUUCUCUGUAGCGGAAUACGCCACUCAAGAUAACAAAGUGGCCACGGACACUUGGAUAAAGAACUGGCGCCACGUGCAAGAUGCCGGCAGCAUAGCCGCACCGUUAUCAACGUUCAUCGCUAUGCUCCUGAUCAACGCCAUUGUCAUUGGAAUUCUAAUUAAGCGGCGAAUGUUAAAAACAUCCGAAACAGGGCAGCGUGUGGGUGUUAUCAACUCCCGCAAAUGGGCACUAAACAUACAGAACAAGAAAGGCAACGUGGCGGUGCGAUCACAUGGACGAGAUAAGCGGACGGCCGCUGCCGUGCAUUUGUUGACGGCCUCCGUCAUCAUGUACCUCAUAUCGCGAAUCCCCUUCGUCACGUGGUAUGUUAUUGGGCAAGCAGAGAAGAACUGCUUGGGCCACUUGACCGAUGACCAAAGUGUGAUAUUCCUGCCGUUUUACUACCAGUUUCUCUACGCAAACUAUUCCAUUAAUUUUCUGAUAUAUUGCGGCGUGAGUCGGGAGUUUUUCGCGCGAGCGCUUUGGAUGAUCCGCCAUUGUCGACGCCCGCAGACAUCUCGCUUGGAUAGGCACUCCGAGCACUCGAAGUCCAAGGAUACGGAGAUGACCACUGCACCGGUCAUUAGCGCGGAGUUGGAAAGGGCACUGGAGAUACAGGCGCGACGGGAAUCGGAGAGGCCGAUCAUCUAUGAUGACACAUUGUCCGUUUCCGAUCAGAGUGAUGCGGCGUCGGUUGAUCAUAUAAAACAACCGAAAACGCCCGUUAAACGGCGAGAUAGUGCAGAGAGCAAUCAAGAUGCGAAAAGGAAAGUGAAGCGAGACCUCGAAAAGGGAGAAAUACAGGAGCAUGAGAAGGAAACAGUUUCCGACUGGAGCGACGAAGAAAGCAUUGAGCGCGACGAUCAAGCGAAAAAACAAUCUCAGCCACGAGAAAGUGGAACAAACAAGGAAGGUUUUGAAAAGAACAAUGCAAAACCGAAAAAGGGCGAUGGGGAUUUGCGAAAAGGGACGAAGCAGGAAUCUCUAAAUCAAAUCGCUUCGAACAGGAACGACGAACAAUCUGCCAAUCGGUCAAAACGAAAUGUUGAUGAAAAGCCUCGGAAGCAAAAAGAAGACGACGAUAAAUCCCAACAACAAUCCUCAACAGAUAGAGCGGAAAAUCGAAAUACUAACAAUGAUGUCAGGGACGGACAGCGCGAAGACGGAAUAGCUCCUCAGAACAGCAGUGAACCACCACGAAGCAGGGCCCAACAUCCCAAUACAGUGUCCAAAGAAGAUCAUCGAAGACGCUAAGGCCAUGCAAAAGCGGACAGUCUACCUGUUGAAUAAUGAAUAAUUAGCAGCAGUUUGCAGAUGCACGCGUGGGGGCACGGCAGUGUGACUACUGCGGUAUAUAAGCCAUGAUGCGGAUCUCCAUUUUGCAACCAUUCCAUAUUUACCGAUACUGGAGGACAAAAUUUGUUUAUUGUUUCCGUGGUGCAGCAGCUGCAAUCUUUGUUUCUGUUUUGCAUAUUUCUGCCUGAUAGAAAAUCAAUUAUUGCGUAAUAUGUUAAAUGGAUUUUGUCUGUUAAUUUUAGUAACCAAAGAGCACACUUUUGGGUCCUUGCAGACUAUUAAUUUG